GGGAGACGUGAAGGUGUGAAGAUGAAUGAAGAUGGGUAAGUUAUUAGUAGUGGUGCUGGAGGACCGAUUAGAUUAGGGUACUGUAGGUACCCAAGGUACUCAAGCUAGCGCCGGCAGCUGCUGUGGCAGUGCCCUGGCAGAUGCUUAGCCUCAUAGGUACCUAUCCUUACAGCUAGGUAGGUACCAGGUAGCUAUCAACAUGCUACGGUAGCAGGAAAAUAAAAAUAGUACCUACCUAGCUGUCGUGACCGAGCUUGGCUCAACAUCUUCCUCUUCGUCGUCGCGGCAGCACUGUUACAGCAGCACGCCAAGCACGAUUCCACGCCGGCCCUCGUACCGAAUACUAUGCAGCCAUGACGAAGCCUCCAGCAAACACGGCCCGGGGCCGUGACGAGAACCCAUCCGCCCACGCCUCGCCGCCGCCGCCGCCGCCGAUCACGACCACGACCACGACCACGACCACCUCCCCUCGACACGGGUCCGCCGCCGUCCGCGGCGCCUCCCUGCUCAUCGUCCUGCAGAUAGCGUCGCGCGCCGUCACCUUCGUCGCCAACCAGCUGCUCCUGCGCUUCCUCACCGCCCAGCUCCUCGGCAUCUCCACCCAGCUCGAGGUCUACUACCUCUCCGUCCUGUUCUUCGCCCGCGAGAGCCUGCGCGUCGCCAUCCAGCGGCAGGACAGCCGCCCCCCCGCCGCGCCCGCCAGCGCCCACGAGAAGACGUCGGAUCAUGCCGCCGCCGCCGCGGCCGCGAGCGCCCGCGAUAGCCAAUCCGUCGUCAACAUCGCGCACCUCUCGCUCCUCCUCGGCCUCGGCGCCGCGCUGGGCUUCGGCUGGGCCUACCUGCGCUACGUCGACGCCGCCACGGCUGCGACCCCGCACCUCGGGGCCGCGCUCCGCAUCUACGGGCUCGCCGCCGUCGUCGAGCUGCUCUCGGAGCCGGCCUUCGUCAUCCUGCAGUACCGGCUGCGGUUCGGGCCGCGGGCGGCCGCCGAGUCCGUCGCCACAUUCGCGCGGUGCCUCGUGACGUUCGGCACCGCCAGCUGGGCGUCGCGGCGGGCCGUGGACCUCGGCGUGCUGCCCUUCGCCUUCGGCCAGCUCGCCUACGGCACCGGCCUCCUCGCCGUCUACGCGUGGUACGGCGCGCAGCUCGCGUCUGCCGAGCGCUUCUCCCUCCUCCCGAAACGAAGCGCCCCGCUACGGCAGCAGCGGCCGCCGAAGGAGAGAGGCGAGGAGCAUGAGGAGGAAAAUAACCGAGCAGAGGGGCCCGGGCUCGCUCGCGACACCGACUACGCGCUCGGAUACUUCUACAAGCCCACCUUGCAGCUCGCGUCAAGCCUGACGGCUCAGUCGUUCGUCAAGCACCUGCUCACCCAGGGCGACACCUUCCUGGUCUCUGUGCUCUCCGACGCCAGGUCCCAGGGCAUAUACGCGCUGGCCAACAACUACGGGGGCCUGCUCGCGCGCCUGGUCUUCCAGCCCAUCGAGGAGAGCAGCCGGAACUACUUCAGCAAGCUGCUGUCCUCGGCCGCCGCCUCGCCCGACCGGCGGGCCGUCGCCCGGGCCCGGGCCGACCUGCAGGCGCUGCUCAGGUUCUACCUGCUGCUCGGCGCGGCCGUGGUCGCCGUUGGGCCCUACGCGGCGCCGCUGCUGGUCCAGGUGGUCGCCGGCGCGCGGUGGUCGGCCAGCGGCGCCGGCGCCGUGCUGGCGCGGUACUGCCUGUACGUCCCGCUGCUGGCCGUCAACGGCGUCGCCGAGGCCUUUGUCGCCUCCGUCGCCACCGACGCCCAGGUCCACCGCCAGAGCCUGUGGAUGGGCGCCUUCAGCCUCGCCUUCGGCCUCGCCGGCUUCGUCUCCCUCCGCGUCCUCGGCCUCGGCGCCGCCGGCCUCGUCUACGCCAACGCCAUCAACAUGCUCUGCCGCAUCCUCUGGAGCGCCGCCUUCAUCGCCGACUACUUCCGGAGGCACGGCGCCGAGUUCGGCUGGAGCGGCGUCGCGCCCAGCGGCACCGCCGUCCUGGUGCCCGCCACCGCCGCCGUCUGGGCCGUGCUGGCCAGGGCCGGCAUCUCCGUCGGGGCCGUCUCGCCGCACGUCUUCAGGGAUCUAAUCACGGUGGGAAGCGUAGCGGUGCCGUACGCGGCUGUCAUCGCCUACACCGAACGCAAGUAUCUACUAGACGCCUAUCGCUCUGUACGUAGUGGCGGCCGAAUGAUAGGAUAAUUAUCGCAGCGAAUACCACAACCCGCUUUGCCGGACCCAGCACUUCUUAGCCCGCACUGCUUAAUCAUCAAACGUAAUCUUUGUGCCUUUCUUCGUCAUGUCGACGUCUUUGAAAAAGGCGCCGUACGUGCCAUGCGCCUUCUUCUUGACAGUGGUCCCGAACUUCAGAAGGUCCUCCGGCACUGGCUGCCCGGCGGCCUUUAGA